AUUCCUGACCUGCUCCUGCUGCUUCUCCAACGGCUUGUGCUGUGGACCACCAGUUUCCGCCCUGCACUCAGCAUGCCCUUUUCUGGUGGACCUGGACCCUCCGAGGAAUCGCUCUGGAGCUCGAGACCAGCCUGCAGGGAAAUGGAGUCCAAGGUCUCCGAAGGUGGCCUGAACGUCACCCUCACCAUCCGGCUGCUGAUGCAUGGCAAGGAAGUUGGAAGCAUCAUUGGAAAGAAAGGAGAGACUGUGAAGAAAAUGCGUGAGGAGAGUGGGGCAAGGAUCAACAUCUCAGAGGGGAACUGCCCUGAGCGAAUUGUGACCAUCACCGGCCCCACUGAUGCCAUCUUCAAGGCUUUUGCCAUGAUCGCCUACAAAUUUGAGGAGGACAUAACCAACUCAAUGAGCAACAGCACUGCUACCAGCAAGCCUCCGGUGACACUGAGACUGGUUGUGCCAGCCAGUCAGUGUGGCUCACUGAUUGGCAAAGGAGGCUCCAAGAUCAAAGAAAUCAGGGAGUCAACAGGUGCUCAGGUUCAAGUGGCGGGGGACAUGCUGCCCAACUCCACGGAGCGGGCGGUGACAAUCUCGGGGACACCCGAUGCAAUUAUCCAGUGUGUCAAACAGAUCUGUGUGGUGAUGCUGGAGUCCCCACCAAAAGGUGCCACCAUUCCCUACCGCCCAAAGCCCGCCUCCACCCCUGUCAUUUUUGCAGGUGGUCAGGUAAGAGCCGACCCGCUUGCAGCCUCCACUGCCAACCUCAGCCUUUUACUGCAGCACCAGCCGCUGCCCGCCUAUACAAUUCAGGGACAAUACGCUAUUCCACACCCGGAUCAGUUGACCAAGCUCCACCAGUUGGCUAUGCAGCAAACCCCCUUUACUCCCCUUGGACAGACCACCCCCGCUUUCCCUGGAGAAAAGCUGCCCUUACAUUCCUCCGAAGAAGCUCAAAAUCUGAUGGGCCAAUCAUCAGGUUUGGAUGCCAGUCCCCCGGCCAGUACUCAUGAACUCACCAUUCCCAAUGAUCUAAUAGGCUGCAUAAUCGGACGCCAAGGGACCAAAAUCAAUGAAAUUCGGCAGAUGUCAGGAGCGCAGAUCAAAAUCGCCAACGCCACGGAAGGGUCAUCGGAGCGCCAAAUUACCAUCACAGGAACCCCUGCAAACAUCAGCCUCGCGCAGUACCUCAUCAACGCCAGGCUGACGUCUGAGGUCACUGGAAUGGGCGCACUCUAA